GUAUUGAUAAUUUGUGGUUUGCUUGUAUGCUCUAAAUUGGUGUUUUUUGUAUGGAUAAUUUUUAUGAGAAAAUUAAUGUUAGACUUUUAUUUUGAAAGAAACUUGUUAUUGUAAAUUUUUUACCACAAGAAUCCACGAGUACCCAUGAACCCAUGGAUACCCAGCGGGUUGGGUUGGAUUGGGUUUGAUUUUUUCAAGUCCGACGUAUUUUACCCCCGAUUUUUUUGGCGGAUAAACCCACGGGUUUGGAUUUGGCAAAACCCGCCCCAAUCCGCCCCAUUGCCAUCCCUAGUUGUUACUUGUUCUUUGUCGCCGUUUGCAAGAAAAAGGACGAGGCAAGGCCGCAAGAGAGAUCGAAACCCGGUCUUCUUCUUUUCUUUCUUUCUGGCCGUGGUGAGGUGGGAUCCAAUCCAUCUAUCGUCAAAGCAAUGCUCCUCUCUCUCGUUCAGUCCUUAUGUUCUUCGUCUUUAUCCUCAUCAUCACCGACCUUCAAAUCCAAGUCCGCGCUUCCAUCUUCCAAACACUCGGAAACCCCCCCGUCACCUUCUUCGUCUCACAAGGAACCGAAAACCGCUGUUUCCCCAUUUCAACCCCGACCACACCCUGAAGCAAUCACACUCCCAUUCUCUAGGUUGACAGGAAGUGGGAGCAUUGAAACGCGGGAAGUUCACUCUGCGGUUGCCUUCGUCUCUGCGAGGUGUGAGUGGCUUCUUGACGGCAAGCAAAACAAAGGGUUGAAGUUGAAGCGCAAAAAAACUGAGUCGGGUCUGGUUCCAACACACCUCGCAUUGGGUUCCUGCCACCGUGGUGGAGCUACUUCAGGUUUCACCGUUUCAGAGUUCACUCCCGCCGGCAAACUCCUAGUCCCCUCAGGUUCGUCUUCUAAAGGUUUGCACUUACACUGCUGCUGCUGCAUGGAGCCUUUUACCAUUCUUCACAAAGCGUCAUCUCGCAAAACCGACAAAAUAUCAACUGGAACAGGGAAAAGCAGAACCACGAGGCGGAUUGACUUAACUGCUUCGUUGCCUGCUAGCACAGACAUUUCAGAUGUAAAUGCUGCAGAAUCCAAUGAACGUCAUUAUUCUAAUAUGCGGAUGGAAGCAUUUGAGGCUGUUUGGUCUAUCACUGAAUCGUCCAUCAAGGAUGUCUUGAGAGAAGCUAAUGCAACCAUAUUCAGUGAAAUACAUGAGUGGGUUCGUGAUUCAUUUGACACAAUUGUCUCAUUUGGGGUUCCAAACUUUCAUGAAGCAACGCAGCCUUUUCCAGUUGUGAAAGAUGCCACAUCUAAAAAAAUCUUUACUGGAUUGGUUUUAACCAGGAAUCUCGAAUUUGUCGAUGAUUUGAUGACGUUUGAAGAUCUUAAACAACAUUUGAAGUCUCAAGGAUGCCAUGUGGCUAACCUUUCAUCAGUGGAUUUUUCUUCAAGAAACGGUGUUGGCACUUGUCUAAGAAGCUUGUUGGGACAGUUCUUAACGGGCUCACUGGAUACGGCUGAUAUAUCCAUGUUAGCAACAUGGUACAAAGAGCAACAAAACAAUGACAAUCCCGUGGUCAUAAUUAUCGAUGAUAUGGAGCGCUGUUGUGCAUCCAUUUUAUCAGAGUUUAUUCACAUGUUAAGUGAAUGGGUACUAAAGGUCCCUGUCAUUUUAAUAAUGGGAGUUGCAACAACCGUUGAUGCCCCAAGAAAUGUGCUUCCUUCGAAUGCACUACAUCGCUUGCAUGCUCGCAAGUUUACCUUUCAGAGUUUGCCAGAAAAAAUGAAUUACGUUGUUGAGACUGCCUUCCUGAAGCAAUCUUCUGAGUUCACCAUAAGUCACAAGACUGCUGUUUUUAUGAGAAAUUACUUCGCACACCAUAAUGGAUCAGUUACAUCAUUCAUAAGAGCUCUAAAGAUAGCAUGUGCCCAACAUUUCUCAACACAGCCUCUAUGCUUCAUACUCCACUGGUGUCUUCGUGACGAGGACAAUGAGGUUCCACAAAGCCAUACAUAUGGAUUAUCACAAGAAAGGAUGCUCAAGCUUGCUUGUGACCUUCCAUCUUGGAAGAGCACUAGCAAUCAAAUAACUCAACUUAGUGGAGAAACUUUGCUUGAUGGGUUAACACAAUUGAAGAAACUUCACAAAACUUGGAGAAUGGUUGUUUUGUGCCUAUAUGAAGCUAUAAAGGGAGAAAAUGUUCAGUUGUUGGACUUGAUGUGUGAAGCCCUUGAUCCUAAAGGGCCUUUUGGCUCUCAAUUUGAUAAUGGAUCCAGAGUGCUACCGAGAGAUAAUUCCAUGAGCCAAAAGUCUCAUAGUUUAGAAAAGAAUAAAAGUUUGAUUAAUCGAGCGAUCCGUAGGGUGAAGGAACUCCCAGCAAACCAGCUUCUUGUGCUGAUGAAGGCUUGGGAAAAACACACGGUUGAUGUUCCUGAGCUUCAUUCUGAAGUGAAGGCCUUGGUGCUAUCUGUGUUGAAGUUGGAGGAGGAUGGGGAAAGUUUGAAUCAGAAUAAGGUUGAAAUGACCAAUACCAGGAGACAAGCAUUAAGAGGCAACUUAAAUGCUGCUGAUAAGAACUCGAGAGUGGCAUAUGAGAAAGCUAGCAACCUAGUGGAUUCAAUGGUCAGGAAAUAUGUGUGCCCGGUCGAGUGUGUGGCUCUACAUGAAGUGUUGUGCUUUGACAGUGUUGAUAAACUACAAGCGGCUUUAAUUGGUGAUACAAGAAGACGAAUCCAGAUUGAUCUUCAGGAGUUCCACGCUAUAAUCCGGUGCAGUUGCUGUAGCAAGAGAGGCAGUACCAUUUUGCCAUCAAUGCCGGAUUCCUCGAUUAUGUACACUUUGGCUCAGGAGCAUGGUGAUGUGGUUAAUGUGCAUGACUGGUAUCAGUCGUUUAAAUCUGUAGUUCUUUCCACGCAUAUGGUUAGCAAGAGAGGUAAGUCGAGGUCAAAGCAACACCCCCCGACGCCAAAGAAAAGGAAGACAACGAAUGAACUUUCAGAGCCAAGUGAAGCGUCCAUCCAAGCACGAUUCUGCAAGGCCAUAGUGGAGCUUCAAGUUACAGGGCUUGUUCGUAUGCCCAACAGAAGGCGCCCAGAUUACUUGCAGCGGCUUGCUUUCGGGUCGUAAGCUGCUGCUGCUUGGCCGUAGAAAGGAGUGAUUUCGGUGACGAAUGAAUCUGACAUUCCAUCUUGGAUACAAGGUUAGCAUAAGCUGCCAGUAAGUUGAACGAGAAGCUAUUGAGAGAUGCAACCUUCAUUGGUCAAUGGUUCAGACUAGUUUGUAAAAGUUCGUGUAUUCCUGGUUCCAACCUUAAUUAAACAGUGACAGCAACCCGAAAAGCCUCUCUUUCCCAUAUCAGGCAUCUUGGUCUUUGAUGGCUGUACAAUUUACCGUUUGCAGAGUCCUACAUUCUAAAUAACUACCACCUAAAGCACCCUAGACUAUGUUAGCGAACUAACGAUUUGGCCCCAAUAACUCGAGUUGUUGGGAAAGAGACAGUUAAGCCUUUUAACCUAUUAUAAACGAUGCUGGAGAUG